AUGUGCUGGUCUGCUUUGAAUUCUUGCUUUUCCAGCAACAAAAAGCCCAAGGAUCCCUCGUCGGAAGAGAAGAGGAAGAAGCGGGGCUCUCCAGCAGACGACGUGCUCCAUGGGAGAGGGAAACCAGUUGUCGCGGAGGUGUCUGAAAAGCGCAGGUCCAAAGAAACACAUAGAAAAAGAAGUUCUGCAGAAACAGAGACUCCUCGUUCACCACGACGUGAGAGGGAAGGACGUCGCUCACGGUCGCAGUACGAUGACGUGCACCGCCAUCGCGAACCAUACACGCCAACUCUGGAUGAGCGACCAUCUGGCAGCAUGGGAUCAUCACAAGAAACGCUUCUGAAUCCACGGCCCCAUAGAAGUCAACACAAUCGUCAACGGCAUCCGAAGCAAACAUCGCAAUCCACACUGCGUGGCCGUGGAGCCAAGCGCGAUCCUCCCCGGCAUUCGAAAUCGAAGAAGAACUUGAAAUCCGAGCCUUCAGGAUGGUCUUUAUUCUCGCCGUCUCCUCCCAAGACUCCUUCCCGGCGCAACUACCAGACCUUGGAUUCCUCCCCUCGCAGUCAUCGCUCGUCGCGCCAGCACCGCUCACCACAAAGUCAAGAAUCUCCAGUGUCUUCUAGAUCCCAACAUCGAGGUCAUCGCUCACGUCAGCACGACCGAGAAUCUUCCUCUUCACGCCGGACACGUUCUCGCACGCCCAACGCAGCCGCUCCUCGUGUACCCGACCGACGCUUCGCCGUGCUUGCUGCGACAAACCAAGCCCUGGAGAAUGUUCGACGAGAGGCAUUUUCACAGGCGUCGCCACCGCCGCCGCCGCGACGGGAGAGACUGAGACGGUAUGAGGGCGUCACACUUCCAACCAGCCAGAUUCCCUUCAAUUGGGAUUGCAUGAGCAGCUCCCAGGCGAGCGCUGGGAAUGGCGAGGCAACGCCGCGGCCGAGACGAUCCAGACGAUGA